GGGGCCCAGUCCCGGAGAGCCCCGGCCCGGCCGGCCCGAGCUGCGGCCCGGGGCCCAUUGUCCGGCGGUCCGUCUGUCCGGAGGCGGGACCCAGGGACGCGGAGCAACGCGGAGCGCCGCGGAGCGCCGAGGCGCCGGAUUUCUGAGAAGACUGUGUCGUCUGAGGGUUUGUCUGAGCCGCCUGGGAAGACCUCUGGCUUUUGUCGAUAAUUCCUGGAAAUCUACCUGUGCUCAUGCUUGAAGAAGCCAAAGGGACCAUCUCGGCUGAUUGUACACAUGCUCCAGACCAAAGAAAGUGGGAACAGGGUCAGUGAGGCAGCUACGUGACCAGCUUUCUUGUCCUCUCCUUUGUGGCAGAUACAAUCACUGGGAUUCAGGCGAGUUUACUUUGCUUCGUGGGAACUGCACCAGAGCUGGAGAUAUGAUAGAAGACUGCCUGAGAGCUGCUUCCUUUGCCACUUCCUGUGGAGGCCUGUCUUUGCCAUUUGCGGUUUCUUUCUUCUUUUGGUCAGCAUCCUGCAAGGAGGUAGUAACAUAUCCAGUUGUGAAACUGGGAAAGGACAGAGCUCUCGGAUCAGGGAAACAUGUCCCGUCGGAAACAGACAAAUCCAAAUAAAGUUCACUGGGAUCAAGUAUUUGCUGGGCUAGAGGAACAAGCCCGCCAGGCGAUGAUGAAAACUGAUUUUCCUGGAGACCUUGGCAGUCAGCGACAAGCUAUCCAACAACUAAGAGAUCAGGACUCCAGUAGCAGUGACAGCGAGGGUGAUGAAGAGGAGACCACGCAAGAUGAAGUCUCUUCCCACACAUCAGAGGAAGAUGGAGGGGUGGUCAAAGUGGAAAAAGAGUUAGAAAAUACGGAACAGCCUGUUGGCGGGAAUGAAGUGGCAGAGCAUGAGGUCACGGGGAACUUGAAUUCGGACCCCUUACUUGGACUCUGCCAGUGUCCCCUCUGCCAGCUAGACUGUGGGAGUCGGGAGCAGCUGAUUGCUCAUGUGUACCAGCACACUGCAGCAGUGGUGAGCGCCAAGAGCUACAUGUGUCCUGUCUGUGGCCGGGCCCUAAGCUCCCCAGGGUCAUUGGGUCGUCACCUCCUAAUCCACUCGGAGGACCAGAGGUCUAACUGUGCUGUGUGUGGAGCCCGUUUUACCAGCCAUGCCACAUUUAACAGCGAGAAACUCCCUGAAGUACUUAAUAUGGAAUCCCUACCCCCAGCCCAUAGUGAGGGUCCCUCCAGUGCUGAGGGGAAGGACAUUGCCUUUAGCCCUCCCGUGUACCCUGCUGGAAUUCUGCUUGUGUGCAACAACUGUGCUGCCUACCGUAAGCUACUGGAAGCACAGACCCCCAGUGUUCGCAAGUGGGCCCUACGCCGACAGAAUGAGCCGUUGGAAGUACGGCUGCAGCGGCUGGAACGAGAGCGCACGGCCAAGAAAAGUCGGCGGGACAAUGAGACCCCGGAGGAGCGGGAAGUAAGGCGCAUGAGGGACCGUGAAGCCAAGCGCCUGCAGCGCAUGCAGGAGACAGAUGAGCAGCGGGCACGCCGGCUGCAGCGGGAUCGGGAGGCGAUGAGGCUGAAGCGGGCCAAUGAAACCCCCGAGAAGAGGCAGGCCCGGCUCAUCCGGGAGCGGGAAGCCAAGCGGCUCAAGAGGAGGCUGGAGAAAAUGGACAUGAUGUUGCGAGCUCAGUUUGGCCAGGACCCUUCUGCUAUGGCAGCCUUAGCAGCCGAAAUGAACUUCUUCCAGCUACCUGUGAGUGGGGUGGAGUUGGACAGCCAGCUCCUGGGCAAGAUGGCCUUUGAAGAGCAGAACAGUGGCUCUCUGCACUGAACCCGCCUGCCCUCCCACUCAUCCAGUUCCACAGGGAUCCGUGUUACAGCCACCCACAGGGCCCUGUCCUUACUGCCAGAGGAAGGCCUGGGUUUGUUGCAGGUGGACCUAAGCACCUCUUGCAUGUGGGAGCAGGAUGAUGGGGUCAGCAGGGAGCCAGCCUCAGGCAGCUCUGGACGAGGGAGUAGGCACUCCAGAGAACUGGACUCCCAGCCCACUGUUGCAGGGCAUGCUUAUAGGACUGUGGGGGCAAACCCACGGAGUUGUGAGGGCAAAUAAAUUAAUUUUAUCUUUA